UCUACCAAGUUGUUAAUUUAUUUAGUACAUAAUGACAAAACAGUUUUUUUUAAUUUGUAAGACUAAAAUAUUUUUCUAUUAUAUUGACUGAAGUUACAUUUUUAUCGUGUUAAUUAGGCAAUUAGUGUAAGUUUAAAUUUUGUGAGCUGGCAGUAGUUUGCUGUUGAAACAACUGAGUCAAGUGUAAGAUUUCUUUCUGUAAAAUGCAAGAAGAAGAAAACUUAUGGAAUUCCAUGUUGAUCUCAUUAAAAGAAAAGGGCGGGACCAGGUUACCAACAGACAAGUCUAUGAUUAUAAUAGGUGAUAACCAAUGUGGUAAAACUACUCUUGUAGCAAAGUUGCAGGGUAUUGACGAUUUGACAAAAGGAAUUGGACUGGAAUAUGCGUAUAUUGAUAUUCGUGAUGAUUAUAAAGAAGAUCAUACGAAAUUGAAUGUAUGGGUACAAGAUGGCAACCCUAAAUACUCGUUUCUAUUAAAAUUUGCUUUGUCUGAGAAGAACUUUAAGAACACAUUGAUUAUGUUUGUUGUUUCUAUGAAAACGCCUUGGAAUAUAAUGGAUCAACUAGAAAGUUGGGCAACAUUACUGCAAGACUACAUUGACAAUCUACCAAUUCCUAGUGAAGAUCUUAGAGAAUAUAGACAAAAUUGCAUUAAAAAAUGGAACGAAUACAUUGAAGAAAAUAUUGGUGAUAAAAAUGGGUAUUGGGAACCAUCGCUUGGAGAUGGGGUACUUACAAGAAAUUUAGGUUUAAAUAUAAUUGUUGUUGUAACAAUGACUGAUUACAUAAGUUUUUUGGAAAAAGAAAAUGACUACAAAGAUGAACAUUUUGAUUUCAUACAACAAGCAGUACGCAAAUUUUGUUUACAGUAUGGUGCGUCACUAUUUUAUACAUCAGCUAAAGAAGACAAAAACUGUGAUUUAUUAUAUAAAUUCCUUACACAUAAGAUUUAUAACUUUCCAUUUAAAACACCAGCAUUGAUUGUCGAAAAAGACGCAGUUUUCAUACCAGCCGGAUGGGAUAGUAUGAAGAAAAUUAGUAUUCUCUAUGAUAACAUGCAGACCAUAAGACCUGAUGAAUUUUAUAACUCCGUUAUAACAAAAGUGAAUACGAGAAAGGCUUUUGCUAAAGAUCAUGAAAUCCAAGCAGAAGAUGAACAAGUAUUUUUGAACAAACAAUUAGGAUUACUAAACCAGAGUGCAAGCCAACAGUCACCCAUUGGUAUACCAAGGCAAGAUUCUGUUAUGAGAUCACUGACAGGUGUUUCUAAGUCAGGUGAUAGACGUCUGUCGUUAACCAGUCAAGGGCAAGGUUCUCCAACAAAAAAGAUUGAUCCAGUAAAAUCAACUAACACGUCCACCCCAGGUGAAGGAGUGUUGGCUAACUUUUUCAAUUCUUUGUUGCAUAAAAAAUCCAAUCAAAGUCCUGUUUUGACCAAAACGACAGGUGAGUUGUCUGGUUCAAAAUCUUUAUCCUUGGAGAAAACUGAGUAUCAUACAGACACAGCAGCUGAACUCGAUAGAUUGGCUAAACGAACAUUGAACUUAUCACAUGAAAUGUCUACUGAAACAAAUUUGUCUGAAAAUGGAAUUGAGGAACAAAUCUCUACUACUUUUGGUGAAAAAUCAUCGUCAGAAUGUUAAUUCUGGGUUGAUAAAUUAUUUUUCCUAUUUUUGUGAUAAUCUAAUAAUCAUUAACGUUUUGUGCAAUUUUAUUUAUUAUUUUUUUUUUAGCUUAGAGUGAACAUACAAAAUAUUUAUUUAUUUAUUUUUAUAUUAAACCUUUAACUAUUAUUUUAUUAUUUUUACUUUAAUCAUACUAUUGCACGGUAUGAAUUUUUAUUUUAAAAUAGUCAAUAAUUCUUGUAUAACUUAAGCCAAACUUAGAUAAAAGAGUUGUUACCAGUGCUUGAAGUUGGGGGGGGGGGAUGUAGAGAGAUGGCAUUCCUCUACUUUUUUGUUAGAUGAAGAAUAGAAGAAUGUUAUGAUGAUAUCAGAAAAUCUGAAUUGUAAGGCAUCCCUCCACUUAUCUUGAGCCAUUUCGACCACUGGUUAUUACAAAACACAACGAUCCUAGGAUAAGAAAUGAUAAGGUGCAAUAUUACAACAGAAUUUUUUUUUUAUACUUUUAUUUAUUUCUAAAUCUCAAAAUUAUUUAAACUAUUAUACCAUUAUUUUAUGUUUGGUUUGUUUAUAAUUUAAGUAUAUUGUUUGCUCAAAUAAUAAAACAAAAAACCAUUAAAAACUUUUCAGUUAAACUGUGUGGUAUUUAUAGUGUAGGUAAUAAUUUACAGGCAAACUAUCCAGCUAAAUAUAGUUACAGUUUAUUUAUAUUGGUCUAUUUUUUAUAUCGAUGAAAAUAUUAAUUUAUAUUUUAUUAUUUUUAUAGAAAUGUAUAAAAGUUAAAUAUAUCUAAAAACAAAUUGCCCUAUCACAACAUUUUUUAAGUUUGGUUUUGUGUACAUCUUUCAAUCUAUCAUCAAUCUAAUAUGUGCAUGCACUAUUAGAUAUUUAUACACAAGUUAAUUAUAAUAUUUGAAGUAUAUAAUACAUGACCCUUGACUAUAGCUUUCAAUUUUAACUAUUAUCUGUAUUCUAUAUGUUUGUAUAGUUUUAUAGUUUUAUAAAAUUUGUAUUUUUUUUCAUUUUUUAGUAUUUUAUUAUAUUUGUUAUCGUGGUGAACAUGCACUUUAAAUUUUUAUAUGAAAUUAUUGUAAUACUUUUUGUACACAUUUAAUAGACUAUUUUAUAAUGAAUAAUGAUCGAGCUAAAACAAAAUAUUUUAUGAAUAAUCUAAAGCUACUUAAAAUCUUAUAUUUAUUUAUUGGAUUAUUAAUGGAAUAAACCAUUUGUAAUAAAAAAAUAAACAACUAACCAUAUUGAUAUUAUAA